GUGAAGUGAGUAAGAUACCUAACGACUUCACUACAUUCUCCUAAACAGGAAAUUCGAAGCACGUGAUAAUCCUACUAGAUGAUGUUGAAAAUAUAACAGUCUGUGGUCAUAGAUCCUAUUUAUCUGUUUUCCUUCUGAUUAUUACUAUAUGUUGUUUUAGAAAGUGAUCUAAAUCCACGUUGUGAAUUAAUAUCUGGAACUAUUUUUGACUUUAGCGGUGUGAUUACCUGUAUUCCAAGGUCAAAUCGUUUGUUCAAGAUUAUCCAUCAAAUGUUUACCUAACACCCAUGCGUUUUUCUCCAGUAUGGGGUGGACAAAGCUUGCUUAGUAUGUUUUUAUCAGCGUUGAACGAUUUGUCCACUAAUUUACGAGACUGGAAAUGGGAUUUUGUGAUCAAUUUGAGUGAAAGUGAUAUGCCUAUCAGACCUCAUCAUGAGCUGGUUACCUAUUUAAGUCACAACAAGGAUAAAAUUUUUCUUCGCUCAUUUAGUCAUACUGGACAAAGUUUUUUGAGAAAUCAAGGUUUCGGCCAAUUAUUCGUUGAAUGUGAUUCUUAUGUUUGGCAUUUAGGCGAACGACCUAUCCCAUCUGGAGUUAUUUUAGAUGGAGGUUCAGAUUGGAUGAUACUUCCCAAAGUAUUUGUGGAUUAUAUUAUUCAUAGUGAGGAUAGUUUGAUAAGCGAUAUUAAGGAAUACUUUCGCUAUAGUCUGCUACCAGUCGAGAGUUUUUUCCAUACAGUUGCACAGAACACCCAUUUUUGUACAUCAGUCAUUAAUCAUUAUCUACGAUUCAUCAAUUGGAAAAGACCACAAGGCUGUGGUUGUAAAUAUGGAAGUGUAGUUGAUUGGUGCGGUUGCUCUCCACUAACCCUAAAUGGACCGAAAGACGCUGAAACUCUGUGUGAAUUAGCUGGAAAGUGUUCACAGUCAGAUUACGGCUUACAGCCAUUAUUUUUUGCGCGUAAAUUUGAUUCAACUAUUGAUAUGGGGAUAAUUAAUUUCGUCAUAUCUAAAUUGUUGACACGAGAUGAUAUACCAGUUGCCUCAAACAAUGAUAAUUACUACCUGGAAAAUAUCUAUUCAAAGGAGGAGAAUUUGCUGACAGAUAAUCCACACCAGCAGACGUUAUUUUUAGCACUGAACUGUCUGUCUCAAAAAUUAAUUCUACAGUUAUUUGAAACCUAUAAUAAUAAUAAUAACAGUCAUAACAUAUUCUCUACUAAAUCAUUAUUAUUGAAUGCUUUCGCAUUGUUUAAUGCGAUAGGUUGGCAAGAGUUUGACGGCAGUCUGUCUAAUGAAUUAGUGCGGGGGUGGGUUGACAAACGAAACACUGUACCGUCACUGGUACUACAAAUCGAGUUACAGAAUGCAGUCGAAAUGAACAGUGCGAGAGCUAAAGAUAAUUUCAUCAUAAUAGAAAUUCUUAUUCAUCCACCGUCGUUUAGUUUUACCACUUCAGAUACAACUGAUAGUUUGCUACCCGGUGAUAUAGGCUUCCUAGAGAUUAGUUCAAAUUUCGAUGUCAAAGAACAGAUAUUUCGUAAUUAUCCACGUUUCUUAACUAUACAUGAAUUGCUGACUAUUUUGAUAUUAUGGAAAGGCAAUUCUGAUUAUAAAAUAUACAAAACUUCAGUUGUAUUCACUUUAAUCAAUCCUCGGGGUAUUCCAUGUCCAAAUCAAUUGACACUGCCACUUGUACAAAAUGAGCAUACUGUGCGUUCUUUAGCUAUGCCAGAUUUAUACAUAACUACUAGUUUAAUCAAAAGUACAGUUAUAACAAAUUGUCUUCCACCGGAUAUCAAUGUCAUUUCCGGUGAAUGGAGUGUUCUAGCUGUUGCUUCAAGUGGACAAGUUAGUCGUGUCAAAUUUCUUCUACUUGAUUUGUUGAAACUUAACCAGUCAUCAUCAAUGAGAUCUGAAGAAAACUCCAUUGUCGAUGAGGUGAUUUUUGAUUCAGAAACCUGGAAUUCUGUUAAAUUUACUGAUUUCUGUACAGUAGUGCAACAAUCAGUUAAGCAUGCAUCAGGUCGAUUGUAUUCUGAUAAUCAUACAAAUACUGAUGUUAACAUUUUUGCUAAUCACUCUCAUCAUGAUUGUUCCACUGUUCAUUGGAGUUCUUUUUUUAAAGAUUCUGCUUACUAAUUCUUUGUUUUUAUGAUGUAUUCAUGCAAAUCUCAGUGGAAUGUGCUGCUGCUUCCUUCCUGUAAAUAAAUACUCACAACUGAACUCUGAAUAUGUUUAUAUAUUUCUUUUAUCGGGAAGAAUAUGAUUCUGAUUUUCUACGCCAACUGCAUUUUGAUCCCUAUCUUUUGGGAAAUAAAUUCUUUUUUCCUCAAAUUAAAUUGUUGUUUAUUCCUAAAAUCGAAUGAAAAGAAG